CGACUUUUUCCUUCCAUUUUUGCCUUGCUUUACCGCCGGCUGCUGCUCCUUUUUUUUUUUAUUCACCAGACAGCUUCCUCCAUAUUUACAUACCUUUUAACCUUUAAACUUCUUCCAGUCACUGCCGGCUUCUUUCUUUCAUUUUUUUUUAUUUGCAAAUAGAAAGAAAAAGCCAAUUUACUUUUACCUUUCAUCUUCCCUGGUACCACAUCACUGCAUCAUUGCCGGCUUCUUUUUUUUUUUUUCUUUUCCUCUUUUCUCUUGCUUUACCGCCGGCUGCUUCUCUUUUUUUUUUUUAAUCACCGACUAGCUUCCUCCAUUUUUACAUUUCUUUUAACUUUUAAACUUCCAAAAAAUCCCUAAAAAUGGGGGCUUUUUGAAAAUCAAAAGUCAAAACCUCCUUUAUUUUUUCUUCUUUUUCUUCCUCCAAUCAUUGCCGGCUUUUUUCCCCUUUGCUUUUCUUCACCCAGAUCUGCUCCAUUCAUGGCCAACGACCCACAAGAACAGCCUUCACACACCGAAUCUACUGCUACCAUGGCUAGAACCAAGUCUUUUCAUCCUAAGAAGCCGCCUCCUGCAGAUCUAGUGAGCCUCUUCCAAACCAAAAACCUCCAAAAUGAACUCAAACAAAUUCUUCAACACCAUAAAAUAAGCCAUUUAGAUCAAAUGUUUGUUCCCCACAUGAACUCUCAAAUUUUGGGUCCCUUUUUGCUUGCUUAUCUGUAUAGAAGCUGCCAGGAUGUCACGGCCUACCCUCUAGGUAGUAGUGGUGGGCCACUUUGGGUGUUGUAGUUGUGACUUUAUUCCUAUUUUUCAGCACUUGCUCUUGUUUUAUCUGUUGUUUUAGGUCGAGAUUUGCUCACCGAUGGCUUCAUGUUUAGAGAUGCCGCGGAGAAUAAGAAAAGUUUUGAAGA